AUGGCCACUCUCGCAAAGCCGACAUCUCGAGUUCUUCUGCGGUGUAAGCCAGGCUCGAGGGCGGACAAAGCGACAAUUGCGUUCUUUAUAUUCGUUCUCUCUGGGGCCGCGCAUGCGGUUGUGGCUUGGAGAACCGCAGAAGGUUAUGAGACUCGCGAUAUCGCUUUCUACGUGGCGAAUUUCGCUGCUGCUGCGGCAGAGGUCUCGGUUUCACGAGCAUUCUGGGGAAGCCAUCGCGCACCCGCGCUACAGAGAGGCAGAUGCCUGCAAGAACACUGUAUUCUUACCUGUCUCAGACAACCCAAGGGUAUUAGUCAUAACAACCCUCUCUGUAGAAGAUGCAGCAAGCGCCACAAAGUAACGCAAAUAUCUGGCCUUAUGGAAGCUGGUGGCCAAGCAGAGCAAGGGCGCAUAAUCCUAAUGCUUGGCAACACAUGGACCAUGGAGUAU